AUGCCCCGCCCGUCUGCUGAGGCCAGGAGGCUCAUGGACGUUCCAGAACCGCGUCUCAGCAAUAUUGAAAAAUUCAACAGAGAUCCCAAGCUUAUCAGGGUAUUUGUGGCCAACUGCCGCAUUAUGUUUGGUUUUCAGCCCGUUACGUUCGCGACCGAACCAGCCAAGGUGGAGUUUGUCCUGACCAACCUCACAGGCGAAGCACGGUUGUGGAGAAUGGCCGACUAUGAAAGGAUGGCUCCUGCGUGUGAUUUGUUCGACGCCCUCGCGGACGAACUUCUACGAUUAUUUGACCUGGGUACCGCCACCGAAGACGCCGACGAGGAGCUGGCGACGCUACGUCAAGGGACUCUGGAACCUAAGGGCGGGACCCUGGAGCGGUUUAUCGCUGAAACCCAUCAAGUCCGGGCCUUCCUGUCUAAUCGCCGGAUCCAUUUGCCCUCCAGCCCUGGACUUUUUCCACAGAGGGUGCCAAGACCAUUUGUUUCCUCUUUUGCUUGGUGGGUCUUUGUUUAUGAAAAGGCUUACCAAGUGCGAGACACAGCAAUUGAAUCUUCAGUAAUGACCAAGGUAAAAGGUUUUGGAGUCUACAAUGACAAAGUCAUGGAUGUUGCAGACUACGUCAUGCCAACACAGGGUGCUUCUGUCUUCUGCAUCAUUACCAAACUCAUAACAACAGAAAACCAAGUUCAAGGAUACUGUCCAGAGAGUGAAGAUAAAUAUAUUUGUACCCAUGACAGCAACUGUACACGCCUUGUUAACAAGCCAGGUAGUUAUGGAAUUCUCACAGGGAGAUGUGUUGCUUUCAAAGCUACUAUCAAGACAUGUGAACUUAAAGGGUGGUGCCCUGCUGAGAUUGAUACCAUAAAAACCACACCAAUGAUGGAAGUGGAAAAUUUCACAAUUUUCAUCAAAAACAGCAUUCGAUUUCCAACCUUCAACUACACAAAAGGCAACUUCCUCCCCACCAUUACUGACAAGUACAUCAAUCAAUGCAACUUUGAUAUGGUCAACAAUACUUACUGCCCAAUCUUCAAAGUGGGAGAUGUCGUCCGCUAUGCGCAACAGAACUUCACCAAACUUGCAGACAAGGGAGGAGUGAUCGGAAUAAAGAUUGGCUGGAUAUGUGAUUUGGACAAAUCAGACGACCAGUGUAACCCUUCAUACUCAUUCACCCGACUGGAUGCAAUGUCUCAGAAAAAUGCUAUCUCGCCUGGUUACAAUUUCAGGUUUGCCAAGUACUAUAAGAUGGAAAAUGGGACUGACUAUCGUACACUGGUGAAAGCCUAUGCAAUAAGGUUUGAUGUGCUUGUCAAUGGAAAUGCAGGCAAGUUUAACAUGAUUCCCACACUUAUAAACAUGGUGGCAGCCUUCACUUCAGUAGGAGUGGGCACUGUGCUGUGUGAUACAAUAUUGCUGAACUUUCUGAAGGGAGCAGCGCUGUACAAGACCAAGAAAUUUGAAGAGGUAUCGGACUCACUGGAUUCUCAAAACACCAGGCUUUAUCGCAGCCAGCUUUAACUUCAAAACAAUGAAGAUUUUAUGGAAUAUCAUUUAAGAAUGUAUAUGCGUACAGACAAAAUGUUUGCAUGGUAAAAUUUAAUCUGUUUGUUCAAAAAUACAAAUCAUUGGCAUUAAAUUUUAACAAAGAAAUUACAGUGGAGCCUCGGCUGAAAAUUCGCUUUAUGUUACAUACUAUUUUCGUGUUACAAACAGUUUUGGCGUGGCUGCAUUACUGGCUCUAUGGUUCAGGUACCAUUGUUUGUUUGCCUAAAAUAGUCACCACAUCCCACAAUGCAAAGCAAUGCAAAGCAAUGCAAAGCAAUGCAAAGCAAUGCAAAGCAAUGCAAAGCAAUGCAAAGCAAUGCAAAGCAAUGCAAAGCAAUGCAAAGCAAUGCAAAGCAAUGCAAAGCAAUGCAAAGCAAUGCAAAGCAAUGCAAAGCAAUGCAAAGCAAUGCAAAGCAAUGCAAAGCAAUGCAAAGCAAUGCAAAGCAAUGCAAAGCAAUGCAAAGCAAUGCAAAGCAAUGCAAAGCAAUGCAAAGCAAUGCAAAGCAAUGCAAAGCAAUGCAAAGCAAUGCAAAGCAAUGCAAAAGCUGCACUGCAUUAUGGCAGAUGAUGGCCAUUUCGGGCCAGCAGUCCCCAAAAAGGGCUUGACAAUGAUUUGCUACUGUUAUUUCAUCAUCAUACAGCAAGUUGUAUUUUUACCUGUUUGUAUAUUGCACAGAAUCUACUUUUUAAUCACACAAUUAUCAAAAUCAGGUACAACAAACAUAAUUUUGCAGCGGUAACCAAUUAAUUGCAUUUCUAUUCUUCACCUUGGUUUGCAAGCCUUUUGGUAUGAGAACCCCUUCAUCGAACAAAUUAAAUUUGUGAGAUUUGUGGUUCCACUGUACGUUUAUCAUUUUCUGGACUGUAACAUUACUUACAUUUUGUAGAUGGAAUGCUGAAUAUUGUUACUCUUGUAUUCAAUAAACAACAGUUACAUUCA